UGUGAUAAUCAGCAGUAUCGCUGUCUUCUGUCGCGCUGACAUUAGAGUAGAGUAGCAGACUGUCGCGCGUGCUUACAGCACUCAAUGGAAUCAAUUUCAAUUGUUCUAAAUUUUGUAUGACUUGUGACGAAAAUAGUGAAGUAAAAAUGAUAAUAUUAAUUCGAUGAAACACACCUAAAUCUCUAUUACUAACUUAUAAUUGUGUUUAUUUUGUGCGUAGUGUCAGUAUUCAGUGAGUAUUAUGAACUUUGACGACUAUGAAGCCCUUCCGACGAAUCAAAACUUCACCACACACAUGACCGCAGGAGCCAUCGCGGGCGUGAUGGAGCAUUGCAUAAUGUAUCCUCUAGAUUCCGUGAAGACCCGGAUGCAGUCUCUUCGCUCGCUGCACAACCGCACCAUCGGCGAGACCUUCCGCUACAUGGUGCGCACGGAGGGGCUGCUCAGGCCCAUCCGCGGCAUGACGGCGGUGGUGGCGGGCGCGGGCCCGGCGCACGCCUGCUACUUCGCCACGUACGAGCACGCCAAGCAGACGCUCUCGCACCUCACCAGGCAUCGGCACGACCACAUCACGCACGGUCUGUCUGGGUGCUUGGCGUCGCUGGUGCACGACGCCGUCUCCAACCCCACUGAAGUGGUGAAGCAGCGAAUGCAGAUGCUGGACUCUCAGUACCGGAGCGUGUGGGAGUGCGCGCGCGGCGUGUACCGCGCCGAGGGCAUCAGGGCCUUCUACCGGUCUUACGGCACGCAGGUGGCGAUGAACGUGCCGUACACGGCGCUGCACUUCGUGACGUACGAGUGGUGCCAGCGCGCGCUGAACCCGUCGCGCGGCUACUCGCCGGGCGCGCACGCGGCGGCGGGCGCGGCGGCGGGCGCGCUGGCCGCCGCCGCCACCACGCCGCUGGACGUGUGCAAGACCGUGCUCAACACGCAGGCGGCGCGCGCCGACGGGCUGGCGCAGGCGGCGGCGGCCGUGCUGCGCGCCGGCGGCCCGCCCGCCUUCUUCCGCGGCGUCAGCGCGCGCGUGCUCUACCAGAUGCCCGCCGCCGCCAUCUGCUGGCUCACCUACGAGACCUUCAAGCAUCUGCUCGCGCCGACGGAGCCGAGGAGCGAGGAGGCGGGGGCGGGCGCGGGCGCGGGGGGCGUGUCCGGGGGAGUGGCGGGGGGCGUGGCGGGGGGAGUGUCCGGAGGAGUGUCGGGGGGCGUGGCGCCGCAGCUGGCGCGCGCGGGGCUGGCGGUCCCGCUGCGGCUGGCCGCCACCUCCGCCGACUAGGGCCGCAUAAUACAGUCAUCAAAGUGUACAUAGUCAUAGACCUGCUCUGUCUUCACACUCGUUGCACUGCAAACACUUUACUUAUUCUCCUUUAUAGAGGAACAUUUUGAAUUGUGAUAAUAGAAUAUUGUUUCACCCUCUAAGAGUUGUUUUCUUUUUAUUGUGUGACGAAGCGUGUCGCUGAAAAUCCGAUUUGAUGUCGAUGAAAUUGUUUGUCGAAAUUAUUUGUUAUAAAAGUCACUUUACAAUCCAAAUCGAUCAAAGCAGAGUAACGAGUGUGGUUAAAGGUUGUUGUCUUUUUGGAUCAAAGGAUAUCAAGACAGACUCGGAACUUUACAAAGUGCUCCAUUCGUAAUGUGGCAUAAAAUGCCUCCAAGCGAGUUAAAAAAAAACAUUGAGUUGUAUUAAAGUAAACUAUAAAAAAUAGCAAAAGAAUGUUCAGGAUAAACGUUCGGAAUGGACUCUCAGUCCGAAGCCAAUGAAAUCCUUUGGCCGGACGCCAGUAUAUCGUAAAACCAUGUAAAUAGCAAUGAGAACCUUCGUCUGUGAUCGUGUGGGUUCGGAACGGACCGCUCGGUAUUUUUUAUUUCGUUUUACAUUCGAGAGCGAACGCGUUUUCCUAGAUGUAUUGAACUUUAUAAUUUUUGUAAUAAACUUUUUUUGUUGUGAGAGAUUAAGAGAUGACGUUGGUGCGCUGGACUGGUUGCGUCGUGUGUAAUGUAUAUGUUGUGUUUAUAAUUAGUAUAUAUAUAUGUAGAAAUUUGGCUGCAUACAUUUGACAGUUGUUCGUUACCAAAAUGGCGGCGGUACAAGUAAAUGAACGAACAAAUAAGUAGGGCCGCCUGGUUCUGACAUAAGACAUGCGUACUUAGUAAUCAUCAUUGAAAGUAUCUGAAUAAAAAUGUUAAAUGUAAUACGGAGGUUUAUUUUAAUAGUAUACAUAUAAUCAUAGAAAAGUAUUUAAUUUUGGUCAGGACAAAGUGAUAUCCAAAUGUUUGAGUAUGUAGCGGAGUUGAAGAGCGCUGAUCAAUUCAAAUAUUUAUAUUGAUAAAUUUAUAAGUAGGUAUAAUUUGGGAGUCUCUUAAAAUCAAAAUUUAAUAUUUUGGGAAAGUUCCUCUUUUAUUUUUGUUCAGUGGAUUGAUCGCGAGCGUUUUUGGUGCAGUGAUUUACUAGCUUUAGGGAUUUCGGCAACUUUCACAGGUGUAUUUGAUAAUUUGGUCAAAUUUAAUGAUAUUGUUAGACCCGAUUGAAACCUUGAAAUGAUGUUGCAGUAUUAUUUUUAUAGUAAACGAGCGUAAUUUUUAGUUUUGGUUAAGUUUUGUGAACUUGAGUAGUGAGUAUUGUGUCCAAUGUGAAUGUUUUGUUUUUGUUAGCUCGACAUGAAACUGUCUCGCUCCGUUAGUAAAACACAUUUUUACAUAAUUGGACCAUGUUUACGUUUUGUCUCAUUAGCGCUGUGCUGGUAUCGCAUCAGUGUGAACGAAACCUUGGUUGAACGAUACGUAGCUAAUACAGUAGCUAUAGCGAUUUUUUACAUAUUCGUUGGUGUGAAGCAUCAAAAGAUCAAUAUGUUUUGUGACAGCGAGUCCAGCGCACGUAACAGGCUCAGUGCUGUGAAUACUCGACGCAAACUAUUCACGCGAAUAUCACAUUAACUGCGUUUCCACUCCAUUGAAAAUGAUCUGCCAAACGACAGAUUUAUAUUGCCGUUCCACAGUAACCGUACAGAAUAGACAAGGAUGGCGAUAAAUGUUCCCAUGACAGGUCAUUUUCACAGAAUAAACAUAUUAAAUUGUAAAAUUAUCGGUUUCCUGGUUACCGCCGGCAGCUAGUCAGAGGCCGCGGAGGACGCGACUUUUAAUUUUUUAUUACUUUUUCUGUUUUAGCGUCGCGGCGUCCGCCCGCGGCCUGCGCUGUGCCGAGUCACGGCGAGCGACGGCCUCGUCGCGCUGCGCGGGUAGUAACCGCGUGUCGUGUAUACAUCACGAGCGUGUCGUGUAUACGCCUCACGCGUGUUGCGUAAUGACACGCCGCGCAGUCGGAAGUUUUCGUUUACAGGGUUCACAAUUCGAACGAUGUAUUUUAGUAACGCGAUAGUUUCGUAUUACUUGUGAAAUUAUAUAUUAUACAGUUUAGUUGUUACGUGUUGUUUAGCGGCUCGGGGACUGUGGUCGGGAUCUCGCGUGCGGGAUGGAAAACUAGCGGUGCUUGUGUGAGGCCGCGCGCCGUGGCGCCGUGUGCCGCGACACGGCGGGCGGCCGCCGGGUCGGCCGACACACGCGAUUAUUACGUUAUUGUUUGUGUACAUUGUAUUUGUUAUAUUUAUGAGUUUUAUAGGAAAAUAAGAUUAAUUUAAAUUAAGAGUUUUAAAGUUAAAAGUAUUUGUAUAGAAAUUAAUCUUUAGCGCUGUUCUGGCCUGGCCAGAGACAAGUUCAAAAUUUUUGAGCAAAAAUUGUCAAAAUACAUAGUAAUAAAAUGUUCGACAAUA